GGAAGGGGAAACGGGGGGUGGGAAGGGGGAGAUAGGGAAAAGGGGGAAGGAUGGCAGACAAGGUGGGAGGGACGGGGAAGGGGUAGAGCGGAGGGUGUUGACUCCUGUGCUGGCCCAUCCUCAUCAAGAUGGCAGUCACCUCACAGCGGCAGCAGGACAUGGCGGUUCUCCUCUCUCACGGACACCGUUCAACUGGGAGCUGAGGGCGGUUCCCCCCGCUCACGGACAUUGGUUCACUGAGGAGCUGCGGCCACCGCCGCCGUAGUAAGCGACAGGGGAAAGGCGUGGGGCAGACGUCCCGUCGGAACGAACCGACCGCAGCAAGAUGGCGUUCCUGCACAUCUGAACCAGUCAGCGUCUUGUGACGUAAUCGAAAACCCCUCACCAAGAUGGCGCUACCGCCCGCCUCUUUGGCCGGACGUACGUCCGCGGCCAUUGGCUGCAGGCCGGGGCAAAGGGCAGCGGCGAGGCCCCCAUUGGUCGCCGUGCCGAGGCGGGAAGCAAAAUGGCGGAGGAGAUGCGGGAGUUUGUGUCGGAGCUGCUGAAGAGCGGCCUGAGUGACCUGACUCACUCCAUCGUGCAGCAGAAAUAUCUGAAGCACCUCCAGAAGGAAACCCUGAGCAGCAAGGAGAAGGCAGAGUUGAAAGAGGUGGUGGAGAGAGCACUGAUUGAAUACCCGAGCAGUGACUCAAGUGAUGACGAGCCCCUCAGCAGGAAGGCGGAGGCCCUAAAGAAGAAGAAGCAACAGCAGCUCUCUCGGAAACGCCAGCGACAAGAGGGAGGUGGAAGUGGCAGUGAGAGCCCCCCUCCCCGAGGGGCAGCCCCUCAGAGGAAGAGGGGACGAAUCGCCUCCACUGAGUCAGACAUCGGAUCUGAGUCUCCCCGACGGGACGAGUCAGGUGAUGAGCUGCGAUGCAGGAGAGUUGGAGGAGAUGAACCAGCCUCUGAGACUGACCGGAAGCCAGGAGCUCUUCCAGGGCAGGGGAGAGGUGCCGGAGAGGCGGUGGAGGGAAGAGAUGGAGAGGAAUCUGCAAUGAAAUCAGGGCAGGAAUUAUCAGAGUGCCUGGCGAGGUGUUCCCACGUGGACAGUCCCCGGAAGGAGGGCGACCGAGGUCCUGACUCACAGCUGAGCGGAGAGGAGGAGGGACACAAACGAGCUGGGAGAAAGUUCACCCAGAGCAGAAACUGGGCGGGUGAGGACGCUGAUACUGCCCGAGGGGCACUGAGGAAACCCAGCCCCCGGCAGGUCGAGGUGCUGUCUGAGGCGGAGGAGGGUGGUGAAGGCAGUGAGAGGGAGGAGGAGAAGGCAAGGAGGGAGGGGAGACAUAAGAAGGGUGUGCAAGGGUCCCAGCAGAAGGGAAGGUCCAAACUGAAGGAGGUGAUGAAGACUGAGGAAAUAUCAGAAGCGAGUGAGAGUGAGGAGGAGUGGAGUGGGAAGAAUGUGAAGGAGAGCUCAAGAGUAAGGCAGAAGGGCAUGCAAGGGUCCCAGAGGAAGGCUGGGUCCAAACAGAAGAAGAAGGAGGUGUCAGAGGAGGACGAGAAUAGUGAAGACAGUGAAGAGGAGAGUGUAGAGAAGACGAAGAAGCAGACAGUCAAAGGGAAACAGAAAGGGUCCUGGAGGAAGAGUGGAUCCAAACAGGAGAAGGGGGUGUCAGAGGAGGAUGAGGACAGUGUAGGGAAGACGAAGAAAGAGAUGUUCAAAGUGAAGCAGAAGAGUAUGCAAGGGUCUAAGAGGAAGAGUGGAUCAAAACAGAAGAAGGAGGUGUCAGAGAAAGAUGAGGAUAGUGAAGGCAGUGAGGAGGAGAGAGUGCAGAAGACGAAGAAGCAGACUGGCAGAGAGAGGAAGAAGGGUGUGCAAGGGACCCAGAGGAACAACAGGUCCAAACAGAAGAAGGGAGCAGUGUCAGAGGAGGGGAGUGAGGAGGAAUCAGAGGUGAGUGAGGGUGAGGAAGAAUGGAGUAGGAAGCGUAUGAAGGAGAUCUCUGUGAGACAGAAGAGUGUGCAAGGAUCCCAGAGGAAGAGUGGGUCCAAAGAGAAGGAGAAGGAUGUGUCAGAGGAUGAGGAUAGUGAGGACAGUAAGGAGGAGGAAGCAUUGAGAACAGUACCAAGGAACGGAAAGCUGGCAGGAGGGAGGGAGAGAAGGAUAGAGGGCCACAAGCAGAAAGCAAGGAACGGGAAGGGUGAUGGCAGGAAGCAAGAGAGUGAUGAAGAAUCAGGAGAUUCUUAUGAGGAGCAAGGAACAAGAGGGGGAGAGACGGGGGAGGAGAAAGCGACAAGUGGAGGGAAUUCAUCAAGUGAGGAAGAGACGGACAGGGGCAAGUCACAGAGGUCACCACACAAGGAGGGAUUGAAGAGGAACAAGGGUCACUCUGGGGACGAGGGUUCCUCGGAUACAAGAUCCACAUCGGCCAGCGAAGUGGACAAAGAGGCUGACGGGCAGAGUGGGUCUCCCUCGAGGAAGAAAGCACAGCAUAAGGAACACAGCAAGAAGCAGUCAGGCAGCAGGAAGGAGGAACACCCCACAGUCCGGCGGCUGAAGCGCUGUAUCCUCGCCUGUGGGGUCCGCAGGAACUACAAGAAGCUCUUUGAAAACUGUCAUUCCAACAAGUCCAUGAUUAGGGUGCUUCGGCAGGAGCUGGAGAAACUGGGGGUGGAAGGGAACCCCACCCUGGAGAAGUGUAAGGCUAUACGGCUCAGACGGGAGGAAGAAGCAGAACUGGCUUCGCUGGAUGUCAAUAACAUCAUUGUGACCGAGGGCCGCCCUCGCCGUCACUGUGAUUCAGCCUGGGGCAGCAAGACCACCCCCACUCAGACCUACCGACGCUCGUUGGGCUCCGAUUCCGAGGGGGAGGAUGAUCCUCCCCGCAAGCUGACAGCCUGGUCCAAUCUGAAGGGGCUCAUCAGCGAGGAGUCUGACAGCAACUGAGGGAGCUCCCGCUCUCUUCCCCCUUCUCCUUCCCCUCCUAUCCCUACCCUCAUUCUUCAUCCUAACCCUUUCCCUCCUUCGCCCUCCCACUAACCAUCUCUCCUGUCCCUGUCCCUUUCACCACUCUCUCUCCCCCUACCCUGAUGCUCCUUUCCCUGUCCCUCUCCCUCCCACUAACCAUCUCUCCUGUCUCUGUCCCUCUCACCACUCUCUCUCCCCCCACCCUGACGCUCCUGCUCCUGUCCCUGUCCCUUUCACCACUCUCUCUCCCCCCACCCUGACGCUCCUUUCCCUGUCCCUCUCCCCCCACUCUGACGCCCUGUCCCUCUCACCACUCUCUCUCCCUCCACCCUCACACUCCAUUUGUACAGCUUUCUACAGUUCUGUAAAUAAAUGACGUGGAUUCUGUGUUGAACGACAGCAGCAAUUACAGUGGGUGUUUAAAUGCCGUUCUGUACGUCAUACUGCACAGCAGUCAACCAAGCCUUAUAUAUAGAAUAACAGACCCCUAGGAGUGGUUCGCGGGCUGGGACCUAGUUCAGGGGGUUUAUAUACAAAAUAUCAGAUAGAAACAUAGAAAACCUACAGCACAGUAGAGACCCUUCGGCCCACAGAGCUGUGCCGAACAUGUCCUUACCUAAGAACUACCUAGGCUUACCUAUAGCCCUCUAUUUUUCUAAGCCCUAUUUACACCACCACCACCAGCAGCCCAUUCCACACACUCACCACUCUCUGCGUAAAAAUUUACCCCUGACAUCUCCUCUGUAGCUACUUCCAAGCACUUUAAAACUAUACCCUCUCGUUCUAGCCAUUUCAGCCCUGGGAAAAAGCCUCUGACUAUCCACACGAUCAAUGCCUCUCAUUAUCUUGUACACCUCUAUCAGGCCACCUCUCAUCAUCCAUCGCUCCAAGGAGAAAAGGCUGAGUUCACUCAGGCAUGCUCCCGAAUCCAGGCAACAUCCUUGUAAGUCUCCUCUGCACCCUUUCUAUGGUCUACACAUCCUUUCUGUAGUGAAGCAACCAGAAUUGAGCAUAGUACUACAAGUGGGGUCUGACCAGGGUCUUAUAUAGCUGCAACAUUACCUCUUGGCUCUUAAACUCAAUCCCACAGAGUCAACCUGCAUAACAGUUUUGAGUGUCCUAUGGACUCGGAUCCCGACCCCAAGAUCCCUCGGAUCCAGGACUGGGUAUCAGGCUAGGAUCUCAUCCAGAGGUUUAUAUAUAGAACAGAUCCCAAGGAGAGUGUAAUGGUUUGGGAUCUAAUCCAGGGGUUUAUAUAUAAAACAGAUCCCUCAGAGAGUGUUAUGGUUUGGGAUCUAAUCCAGGGGUUCAAGAGUUUAUAUAUCGAAUAACAGGUCCCCAGGAGUGUGUUAUGG